GGAUGCCUGCAAGUCUGCAGAGAAUCAAGAGAAGCUGGAAUCACCCACACAAGGGCUCAUCCGACCAGAACUAUCGUCGGGUCGUUCUCUUAUCAGGUGGCGCUCUCUAUCGCUUCUACUCUUACGCAGUGGAGAUCUUAAUCUCGGUGAAAGUUUUGAUACCCUGAAAUGGCAACUGCUGAGGCAUCACCAUCGUUGGAAAUUUUGAUUAGAGGACCAGAAGGUUAUGCUAUUUGGGAUGGGCCACCUUUCCCUAAUGAUCAACCUAAAAUCAAACUCGCAACACUACCUUGCACAAAUGUGAAGUAUAGUGAAGACGGUUCAAAACUUAUGGUUAUAAAAUCCGGCUCCCUAAUCAGCGUGCAUGAUUGUAAAACCUUGAAUGAGAUUAGGAGUUUUGAAAUCCCUGAUGUGCUUGCUGCUGAAAUUUCCCCUUGUGGAACUUACCUUCAAACCUUCCAGAAAUGCACAUCCCCUCAGGACAAAAAUGUGGUCUUAUGGAAGGUGGCCAAUGGUGAAUCUGUUUUCAAUUUAUAUCAGAAGAACAUGACGAAGGUUACAUGGCCGUGCAUCAGAUUUAGCUCUGAUGAAAUGGUUGCAUGCCGAUUGGCAACCAAUGAGAUGCAACUUUUUGAUGGUGGAGACUUCUCAAAAGGAAUUGUGCAACGGAUGAGAGUUCCGGGCAUAGCUGCACUGGAGCUUUCUAAGACUCCUGGUUCCUUUGUGGCUGCUUUUGUUCCAGAGUCCAAGGGAAUGCCAGCAAGUGUUCAAAUAUAUACCUCUGGAAAGGACUCCCAAUCUCCUGUUGCUCGACGUAGUUUCUUCCGAUGCUCCACCGUGCAAUUGAGAUGGAAUCGCGGGUCUACUGGGCUCCUAGUGUUGGUGCAAUCAGAUGUUGAUAAAACCAACCAGAGUUACUACGGCGAGACGAAGUUAAACUACUUGACUUCUGAUGGGACUCACGAAGGACUUGUUCCUCUUCGUAAAGAAGGUCCUGUUCAUGAUGUCCAAUGGUCAUACACCGGCAAUGAAUUUGCAGUUGUUUAUGGAUUUAUGCCUGCAAUGGCAACAAUAUUUGACAUGAAGUGCAAUCCUCUUCUGGAGCUUGGUACAGGCCCAUAUAACACAAUCAGAUGGAACCCGAAAGGAAAGUUUAUUUGCUUGGCAGGAUUUGGGAACUUGCCUGGUGAUAUGGCAUUCUGGGAUUAUGUUGAAAAAAAGAAAAUUGGAAUUACCAAAGCUGAAUUAUCAGUGACAAGUGAAUGGUCUCCUGAUGGGCGUUAUUUUAUGACUGCCACAACAGCUCCCAGGCUUCAAGUUGACAAUGGGAUUAAAGUCUUUCACCAUAAUGGAUCACUGUACUUCAAGAAGAUGUUUGAAAAAUUGUACCAGGUUGACUGGAAACCGGAGUCACCGGAUAAGUUUGGUGAGAUUUCACAGUUCGUAGAGGCUAUGAGCUCUCUGAAAAUAGUCGAGCCUAAAACCCAAGGACAAGGGACAAAGAACUUAAAAACUAUACCUGCCAAUCCUACUACACAAAAACCUGCUGCUUAUCGCCCCCCUCAUGCUAAGGCAGUAGCAGCUAUCCAAGCAGUGUUACUUGGUGGAAACCCUUCAGGAGAUAAGAGCAAGAACGCUCUGAAAAACCAGAGAAAGAGGGAAAAACAGAGGGAGAAAAAGGCUGCUGAAGGUUCAUCUUCUACUGCCAAAGAAUGAUUGGGGGUUAGAGUUGAGUUCCGCUCAAUGAGUUGCUUUGAUUCACCAGCCCCUCCAAAAAAUGGUUUCUGAUAGUCAUAGAACAAGUUAUGUUCCGACUUCACAAAUUUGCGUUAACAUUGUUUGAGUUGAAAAACAGCUUCCUUUCUAUUUAUGGAUUAAAAUCCAUAAGUGUAUUUGAGAUCUGUUACUUUUUUGUAGGUACAUAGAAUUUGCCUUUUAGUAGGUCUUGUCCCACUCCACCAUUGAUAUUUUUUUGGAGAAAGAUGUAAUCUUGCAACUCGGAAUGCAGGAAAAAUUAAUGGCUUUUUAUUCUGUUAAUAUAUUUAAAUUGCCAAGUUUUAUACAAUAAAAUAAAUAAUUAGAAAUAUACAUUUAUACCAA